AUGAAUCUCUUGACGAAACACAAACCUGAAAAGAGAAAGAGGGAUUCAUCUCUGGUACGAGAUAAUGGUGUUUUACCCUCAAAGUUGACGAAAACGGAGAACAACAGCUCUACGACAUGUAGAGGUCGCCAAUUUACUGUUAGUCUUGCUCUACCUGGCUCCAUCCUUGACAAUGCGCAAUCGCCAGAACUGAGGACAUACUUAGCAGGGCAGAUUGCUCGAGCUCUAGCUGUUUUCAAUGUAGAUGAAGUUGUUAUCUUUGAUGAGUCUGGAAAGGCCAAGAGUGAGUCUAGCAGUGGACUGAACCGAAAGUCAGACCCUAAUAUCUUGCUGGCAAGAAUACUUCAGUAUCUGGAAUGUCCUCAGUAUCUAAGGAAAAAUUUCUUUCCAAAACACAGUGAUUUACAAUAUGCAGGAUUGUUAAAUCCAUUGGAUACCCCACAUCAUAUGAAAGUGGAUGAUGACAUCCCCUACAGGGAGGGAGUGGUCCUUGAAAGACCUGUCAAGAAAGGGAGUGGUUCGUUUGUGAAUGUUGGAAUGCGGAAAGAGGUGCGAAUUGAUAAAUCCAUCAAGCCAGGUGUGAGAGUCACGGUCAAGAUGGGGGACACAUCAGGCACAAAAUUCUACACUGGAGCAGUUGUUUCUCCUAGCACACCCAGAACAGAAGAAGGACUGUAUUGGGGCUACAGUGUAAGGCUAGCUUCUUCAUUUGGGGCAGUGUUCACACAGAGUCCAUACAAAGAGGGCUAUGACAUCACCAUUGGAACUUCAGAAAGGGGGACCUCGGUAGAUGCUCUAGAACUACCAAACUUUAGACAUUUGCUAGUGGUGUUUGGUGGAUUGAAAGGACUAGAGACUAGUUUAGAGUCUGAUGAGAAUUUACCGGCAAAUGAUCCAUCUCUAGUGUUCGACUAUUACGUGAACACUUGUCCUGGCCAAGGAAGUGGAACAAUAAGAACAGAGGAGGCCAUACUUGUCACGAUGUCCGCCUUGAGACCAAUCAUAGCAAAAGCAACACAAUGCCAGCUACCUUCAGUUGCCUCUUUGUAAAAUGUGGGCCUCUAAAAUGAGGCUGGAAGAAAGCGCAAUUUGUACCCUCGGGGUGGUACCUAAUAUUAAUCAAUAAUGUUCUGGGACGCCACUGGUUGUCUGAUCUAUAUCGACUGAUUUUCAUUGAUCGAUUACUUUUUGUUUCUAAAGUAGACUCCCGAAAGUAACGAAUCUAACGAUCCCCCGAAAGUAACGUCAAAAAUUUGUGGCCGCUAAAGGUAUCGCUUAUGCCACGAAGCGUAGUGAAAUGUCAAUUCGUGCUUCUUCAGUUCAUGCUGGGCCUUGUUAAGACAAAACCCUUGGAGGUCCGGAUAGUAGCAGACAGUUUGCAAUUUUAAGAAACAACACAGAGUCUUCUGUCAUUUUCAGUUUAAAUUACGAAGUACGGAAUUGAGUAUAUAGUGUGCGCAAAAUGCUAAUUGACUAUAAGAACAAAGGAAGCAUGACAACGCGUAAAAUAAUACAAAGAAAGUUUCAAAUUAAAAUGAUUAAGUUGAUGAUUUGAUGUAGGUUUUUCCCAUUGAAAAUGAAUAGCUUCUUUUAUCUUAAGCUGGAAGGUGGUGGAAGUGUGAUCUAGGAUACUGAAACAGUCAUUAGAGCAUGAAGUGCGGCAUUGCUGAGAAUUUUGCAAGUGUUUAAAAUGUGAGAGGUCCUGUCACUGAACAUGUGCUCACGAACGCGCGUGGAAAAAUGCCGGGUGGCAUUACAGCCCGCGCACAAAACCUGGUAUAGUCAUACCUCACCCGCACGGAGCCCAGGAGGGAUAGGAUAUUUCACAACAAACAUGUUACCUAUUUUUAAGGACGAGAAAACUAACUUAAUAUCAAUGCUGUUACAAUAACGUUUAGCAAGGUGGCGACCCUUUUUUGCGUGAUAAUAGAAAAAGGACCAAUGUAACGUAAUUUAAAGUAAAAGGUACGUGUAGUGUCAGAGACGGAAGCCGGGGGACUACAGCCAUGACGUGUAAAUGUGAGGUAACGAUUAAUAUUUUCAACUAGAUGGACUGGAAAAAGAUUCUUUUAAAGGAUAUUGGUAAGUUUCGUGAUGUCCUCGUGAAAACCCAACCAAGGUUUCAUCAAGAAACAGGAACGUAUCAACAGGAACGUUUCUUUAAAUUAAAACUGACAACUCUAUGUCAUUUUCAAAAGGAGUGUAUUAAAAGGAACGUUUUGAAA